AUGGAGACGCCGUCGACAGCGGAUUCUCUGUCUCGUAUGGACUGCUCUGUACCGGGCAUCUCUUCUUCAGCUUCUUCUCGUUCGAACUCACCACGCACCCGUGGGUCUGUUUCUUCUCUGGUUUCGGUGUGUGAUUCGUCCUCUGGUUUCUCAUCAACCGGAUCUCAGGCGCCUGCCCCUUCGCCAGACGCCGCGGCUCCCGCGGCUGCCUGUCCCACGUGUUUUUCUGAGGAACUCAACUUGAGUGACCCUUGUGCAUCCUCAUCCCGAGAAUCUGUUUCCACGAAGUGUAGGACGGGGCUGACUCUCACGGGGGCAACUGGUUCCCUGGCAUCGGCAGAAACCACCAGCUCUCCCCGAGUGGAGAAGACUGCGGUACAUGCAGUGGACGCCUUUAGAAGCGCUGAAGGCCUUACCUCGCCAACACUUGUUUCCGCGAGUUCGCCGCCGUCUCCGGUCGUCGGUUCUGGUUCUUCCUCCCGGCCUCAGCGAAACCGCAGAGCCCCGCGAAAGUUCGAGGUCGAGGACGCGAGCAGCGACGCGUCCUUGAGGAAGGCACUAGAGAAAUCUCGAUUGGAGCGGCGUCGCGUGCAGCUGGACAGUGCGUCGCUGCCGCCGGUUCCUGAGAUUAAGUUGGAGUCCAUGGAGGACUUUCUGGUCAAUCCGAUCGCUUUGUUUGAGAAACUGGAGCACUACGGCCGCGAGUUUGGCGCGGUGAAAAUCAUCCCGCCGGACAACUGGCAGCCGCCCUUCAGUCUCAACGGCCUCUUGACGGAUGAGCUCGAGUUCCACGUUCGCGUUCAAGAUGUCCACACUUUGAUGCAGGGCCAGAACUUCCGGCACCCGCCGCAACCAAUGCGGGCGUCGGAGUUGCAGAAGCUGGACAGAGACAUGAAGACGCAGCUGUUUGGGCGCGAGGACGUGCAGGUGGCCGCCCUCGAGCGCGUCUACUGGCAGUCGGUGGAGAGUUCGAGUCCUGAGGUCACAGUUCACUACGCCGCCGAUCUGAAGACGAACGAGGUUGGGAGCGGCUUCCCCACGGAUGCUUCGUCCGCACCGUCGCGAGACUCAGAGGUGGAAGUCCCGAGGACAUACGCGACGCAUCCUUGGAACUUGACGCGCCUCGCGCGGGAGGACGGGUCGCUGCUCGCGGCGUACCACCGAGACGUCGCCGGCGUUACGUCGCCGUGGCUGUACAUCGGGAUGGUGUUUUCGACCUUCUGUUGGCACACUGAAGACAACUUCUUCGCUGCAUGCAACUACCACCACUGGGGCGCGCCGAAGGUCUGGUACUUGGUGCCGCCGAGUCGUGCGCCGUCCGUCGAGCGACUGCUGCAGUCCUAUUUGAGCGAGAAGGACCCCGAGUACGUGCUGCACUCGCUGACGGUGCAGUUGCCGCCGGCGUUGUUCGUCGAGAACCGGAUUCCGAUCUACCGGACCGAGCAGCGAACUAACGAGUUUCUUCUCCUCUGGCCGCGAACCUUCCACGCGGGAUUCAACGCCGGCUUCAACUGCAACGAGGCCUGCAACUUCGCCCCUGCGAGCUGGCUGUCCUGGGGCAGGAAGUCCGUCCACGCGUACCGGUUCGUUCGGUCGACUUGCAUUCCCUUUCACCAGCUGCUGCUGCGCGCGACUGCCGAGGCCACACGGACGCGUCUUUCGGCCGCGCAACUUCUGCAUCUUUUGCGUGCGCUCAUGGAACUGGUGCACGAGGAAUUCGCUGCCAGAAAGGCCGCCCGCGAGGCAGGGCUGGUUGCGCUGGCGAUGGUGGUCGACUGCUGCGCGCUCGAUGCUCAGGUUGACCCGCUCCGUCGACUCGAGGAGGCGGGGGCCGAGCCGGCGCUCGACGGCCUCGCGGCAGAGCUCCUCAAGUGCGAGGGCGACCUCCGGUCGAUGGCUGUUUGCGGAAAUCCUCUCCUGAGGCCGCCCCCGCAGUUUUACCGGGGGGGCGGCGCGGGCCAGGAGUUCGUGUUCGGGGAAAGCGAGACACAGACAGACGGGUGCGUGAAAUCGGACGCGUCGUGCUCAACCACUCGCGAGAGGAAACGCGCGCGCGGCUUGGGGAACCCACGAGGCGGCGAGACAUCCGACGACUCGGGUGGAUGCACACCGGAGACUGAGCGCGAGAGGGAAGCGGCCACCGGGGCUCAGGACCCAGUGGAGAGACGAGAAGGAGGGGAGAAUUCUGAGCAGGCGUCUGGAGGACGCGCGCGAGUCUCCUGGGAGUUGACAGAGGAAGGAGCGUCGUUUCUGAAGGCUGCGUCGACCAUCGCCGCCCUCCCCGUCAAAGACUGCGACUCCUGCCGGGCAUGCUGCGCAGUCUCGUGCAUCGUCAGUCCGCAGAGCCUGGAACACGCAUGUCUGGACUGCCUCGAUGCAGACGAAACUCCACUCCCGCAAAGAGUGGUGCUGAUGCGCUUCGCCUUGCCGGCGCUCCGCGGCCUCGUUGACUUUCUUCUGUCCACGUUUCUCCGCAAGUGCGACGAGGAAAGUUCGAGAGGGGAGGGCGAGACGAAGGAGGACUCGGCGCGCGCAGAAGCGAGUGAGAACUGGUCGACGUCUGCGGCGACGCCCGUAGAAACAGAAAGUAUGGCGACGCCUACGCGAGGCAGGACGCAAGAGACUCUUGGGCAGCAGGUGAAGACGGAGGGAUCAAAAGAAGGUGUCGAAACGGGUGGAGCAAGCGGCGCACAAAGCACAGGGAAGAAAUCGCGGAAGAGAAGAGCCGCCUUGUUGGGUUUGACGGGCAGCGCGAGGCGACGACAAGGUCGAAGGGGGAGCAUCCAAGAGGGAAGAAAACCGAGCGCAAAACUCCAUGAUGGGGAUACGAAGAAACUGGUGGAACAGCUGCUACAAGACCCGCUGUACGUACACCUGCCGACGAUGGAGGAACUGGUGCAAUUCGAGGAGGUGGCGCGGCCGCGAAGUGCGGGUUCGAAUUUCCUCUUUUUCGCUUCGCAGAAGAGCGAGUCAGUCGACGCGAGAGCGAGGAAGAAGGCGAGGAACGCCGGCGCGAAGCAAGCUGCGGAAUCGGCGUCUCAGAGCGGACGGGAGAAGGACUGUCAUCAGGGGCGACGGCAGAGUCGCAAGACAGCUCGCUUGACGUCUGGCUCGCAGGACUCAGAGAAAGCAGAGACAGGAGAGAACGGAGAGAAAGAAGAAGCAGCUGCGGACAGGGGCGCCGACGCAGAUGGCAACGAGGAGACCGAAGACGCAGAGAAAACGAAGAACAGCGAAGAAAUCGAGAGCAACAGAGAGGCGACACCCGGUAACCUCAUUGUGUCGGGUGGCUCUACAGACGUCUCGACAGACACUCCGACGUGGACGCUGGUGGCGGCAGUCGACGAUGUUGCCCAUUUGUUUCAGCUGGAGAGCGAGACGCGCGAGCGUCGCACAAGACGCAGAAAACUACGGUCAACUUCACCUGCGGAGGGUCCAGCAUAUCAAGUGGCAACCCCACAGAUGGCAGCGGUCGGGGGAGAGGUGAAGACCGAGACAAAGGAAACAAAGGAGAGGACGACGAGAGCGAAGCGACAACCAGCCUCGGACGAUGAGAGAGGUUUGUGUCGCAAGGAGGCGCGUGGACUAUCAAAGCAAGCAGCGAGGAAGGCAGAGGACGCAGAGGCAGAGGAAAUGCGGGAAGAGGAUCCAUGGAUGCGUUUCGCGACGCAGCUCACGUGGAGGUACUUUCUGACUGCGUUGAAGGACGAGGAGGACGACAACGACGAGAAGAUUCUGCCCAUGUUCAAGAAGGCGGAGAUGCGGCGCCGGACGAGUGCAUGCGACCCAGACUACGCGCGACCUCCUGCCGUUGGUGUGCAUGAAGACAUGCAGAGCGAGGUGGCGGACUCUGCAGGUGUGUCCGGCGACGACUUCUGUCUAGAAGAUCCGUGAACAAGUCAGUGCCUGUCUUCCUGCCAAAAAAAGUCGGCGUUUGAAUCCCCCGCGUCUCGCUCUCAAAAGGCUCCACCUGGAGCUAUUCUACGUCUGGGCUCUCAGGAGAGGCGACAGCGACGUUCAGUUGCGCUCGGCUGUAUGCACAGCGAGGACGGGCGAAAGAA